AAUCAUUUAAACUAUUAAAAUUAAUUGGGAGAAACUAACUAACAGCUUAAUUUUACAGUCCAAUAAAAAAUACUCUGUUAGAAAUUAUUUUAUUCAUUCAACCGCUUUGUUAGAAGCGAUUGGUUUGUGUAAAAUGUUAAAGUCGUUUUAUUUGGUGCUGCUCUUGGUGUCAAUAACGAAGCCGGAUCCUGCUUCUAGUUUCGAUUUUAAUUACCCAAACAUCAAAGAUGACAUAUACGAGCAACCAGUUAACCUGAUGGCACCCAAGAAAAACCCACACGCUAAGAGUGACGUGCUCGUUGAAAAACCAACCACAGAAGACCCGUGGUCUCCUUACGACUUCUCCAAGUUCGAUGCUUAUUUAGCCGGUCUGAAAGACGACUCUGAAAGCAAUCGUGUCAAACGAAGAGCUAAGCGUCGUCGGGGACACAGCAAGCAUCGUAACAAGACGCGCUCGACCACAAUCACGCUUGAAGAACAUGAGUUAAAAAACGUUUCAAGCACAGACGUCCCGGUGGCUAGACGUGCGGACCUCUCAGACACGCAACAGAACAGAGGGAAGAAACGCAAGAAAAACAAAAAGGAAAAACAAAAGAAAUACGAUUCCUACAACCCCCCCGAUAAGGAUUUCGAAUCGUCGUUCGUCGAAAUGCCGAAGGACUUGUACCAAGCGCACCUUCGACCUGGAGUCAUCUUCCGGAUCCACAUGUCUGAAGCCAUACUUAAAAUGCAGUACCGGAAUUAUGGCGAAGACAAAGACGAAUCAGUGAUAGAAGCUGACGUUGAGUACCUUCGGCUGACGCGCAAGGUGAUCAACGACGAGAUUACCAAGUUCGAGGACCUCAAGUGGCUCGUCGGCUGGUUCAGCAACCGCUCGGAGCUCAUACAGGAACACAUGUGUAAUACCAGAUAUUACUCUGUCGGUAUUCCUCCCACAAUGUUCACGCACAGCGAAGAGUACAUGAAGCGAAUGUGUUUGUUCGACAACGUAUAUAUCGACCACAUCCCAUACGUGGUGGGUGAGGACGGCUCCCUGAUGGCGGCGGUGGCACCACCCGUGCUCCACUGUGACGCCGCGACGUGCACCUCUGUGCCAUUCAUCGACAGUAUAAUGUUCGACGAGCGCUUGUCCCGCACGAACGUCCGCACGGUGACGCGCUGCCAGGCGAGCUGCCGCGCGCACUGCCGGAACGACCCCGACUGCCUCAAGCGCUGCUCCGACCGCUGUCUGCGCGCCGACUGAGCGAUAAAUAAACA